AGCUGUGAGAGACAGAUGCUGGGAGAGGAAAAGGAGAGACACACACGGUAAGGGCGUGCAGGAGGACAGACAGAAGGACAGACGAGAGAGAAACGCUGGAAAGUGGAUGUUUGGCACCUGUGAGCAAUAAAAUCACCGAGGGGGGGUUCAGCUCUAGCGGUGGUCAGAGACUGGUCCUGUUUUAAAGUCAUGAGGAUGGCGGCGCGGAUGUUGGCGGUUUGUGUGCUUUUGGUGUUUGGUCAGGUCUUGAGCUUUGCUGAACAUCAGCAGAAUGAGGCAGAGCAGAACCCUCUGACUCUAAACCUCUGGAGAAAUCAAGGUAAAGAGGUGGUCAGAGUGAAGAGAGACUGGAUCAUCCCCCAGAUCAGAGUGUCGGAGAACAGCAAACAGAUCCCUGAAGACCUCGUCCAGAUCAAAUCAGACAAAAUUUUCUCCGGUGAGGUGAUCUAUAAACUAGAGGGGCCAGGGGUGGACCAGGAGCCCAAGAACCUGUUUGAGAUUGACGAUAAAAGCGGCGUAAUCAGGAGCAAGAAGCCUCUGGACAGAGAGAAGCACAGCAGCUUCACGCUCAAAGCCUUCGCGCUGUCCCCCAGUGGGGAGAGACUGGAGAACCCCACCACCAUCGAGAUCGUGGUUCUGGACCAGAAUGACAACAGGCCUGUCUUCACUCAGAAGCAGUUUUCUGGCUCGGUCCCCGAGUUCUCUGUCCCAGGAACACCCGUGAUGUCGGUCUCAGCCACGGACGCCGACGACCCCAUGACAGAGAACGCUGCCCUGAGCUACUCCAUCAUUAGCCAGGAAAGCAUUCCUGACAACGGCGUGACCAAAACCAUGUUCGGCAUCAACAACCAGACCGGCACCAUCUACACCAGAGACGUGGGCCUGGACCGGGAGGUGGUUCAGGGCUUCAAGUUGAAGCUGCAGGUUGCUGACAUGGGGGGUGAGGGUUUAAACAGUGAAAGUGAAGUAAUCAUACUCGUGUCUGACAUCAACAACCACCCACCGCAGUUCAGCCCUGCCUCGUACAGCUUGACAGCAGAGGAGAACGUGUUCGGCGUUGAGAUCGGCCGAGUGAAUGUGACGGAUAGAGAUGAUCCUGGAACAAGAAACUGGGAGGCUAAAUAUACCCUAUCCAACGAUCCGGACCGGAACUUCGCCAUCAGGACGGAUCCGGACACCAACCAGGGAAUCCUGACGGUGGUGAAGCCUCUGGAUUAUGAAGCUCAGAGGGAGCACGCUUUGUUUGUGACAGUGGAAAAUCUCAGUCCUCUGAGCAGCAAGGCUCCCAACGUGCCUCUGAGCACUGCAUCUGUCCUUGUUACGGUUCUGAACAAGAAUGAAGGUCCGCAUUUCAAAGAGAACCCAAUCCAGAUUGAGGUCCUGGAGUCUGUGGAUCCUGGAACGCUGCUGAAAGGCGCUAUGGCCUCUGAUCCAGAUCAUUCUGAGCUGAGAUAUGAAAUCAGUAAAGAUCCAGAAGGAUGGCUGGAAAUCCACAGAAACACAGGAGACAUCAAGUCAAAGAGGAACUUCAACAUGCAGUCUCCACACGUCAGGAACAACGUGUACACGGCUGUUGUCAAGGUUACAGAUGCUGGAGGUCUAUCUGACACGGCCACGUUGAAGAUCCUGUUGAGGGAGACCAACGACUUCCCCCCUCAGCUCACCCCUCUGAGCGGCUCUGUUUGCACGGACGCCAGCAGCACAGGUUCUGCUCUUUACCUGUCUGCUACGGAUAAAGAUGGCCCACCACAUGCUGCACCCUUCACGUUUGCCAUUGAUGAGUUGACAGUGAACUGGACCAUCACUCAGUUCAACAAUACCCACGCUGUGCUCAGGCCCGCUGUGGAGCUGGAGCCUGGGGAUUACACAGUCAUGGUGUAUGUGACGGACUCUGGCAGCCCACGCUUAGGUGCCUUCGCUCAGGUCAAUGUCACCGCGUGUCACUGCGAUCCCUACGGGGACUGCAAGUCUGAGGCGGGGACCAUCCUCGGCUCCAGGGUUGGAAUCAGCUUCCUCGCUCUCUUCAUCAUCAGCGUUUGUGUUGCCCUGCUAAUCGUGCUGUUCCUCCUGGCUGUGGCUUUGGCUGCCUGUGGAAGGCGCCACCACAUAAAGAAAGAAACGGGUCUGCUGGUUGGGGAAUCGGAGGAUGAUGUACGAGACAAUGUCCUGAACUACGACGAGCAGGGAGGGGGUGAAGAGGAUGAGAACGCCUUCAACAUUGACCUGCUGUGGAACCCACGUGACGCCCCUUCCAACCCGUGGUCCUCCCACCCGGGGUCUGCUGUUCCUCGAGGCAAGCAGCCGCUGAGGAAGGAUGCGCCACACAACCUGCCCUCUCCCGCGUACCCCCGGAGGCCUCCUGCUGAUCCCUCUGACAUCGAGGACUACAUCAACGAUGGCCUGGAGGCUGCCGACAACGAUCCCAACAUGCCUCCGUACGACACAGCUCUGAUCUACGACUACGAGGGAGACGGCUCAGUGGCAGGCAGCCUCAGCUCCAUCGCUUCGGGCAGCUCGGACGGAGACCAGGACUACGAUUACCUCAACGACUGGGGACCACGUUUCCAGAAACUGGCCCACAUGUACGACCCGCGUUAGAGCUGAUCCUGCUGACACGGGUCUGUGGAGACGUCCAGACACGCUUACAGAGAUUUUAAUCCACCUCGAGGAGUUCACGAGGAACAAACAACAACAAAACCAGAGAGGAAUGUACCGGAUAGGAUUUACGGAAACUUUUAAAGCGGAUCAAAGUUUUGUGUUUAGCUCAGGAAGAGUCGGAUAGAAAAGGUGCCGAGUUGGGCUCGGUGUUGAUAAACACACGCAGAUUCAUUUUUAUGUUUGUUUUUUACCAACGUGAUGAUUUUAUAAGAGAAACUUCUGAUGUUUUUAUUUUUAUUCAAUAACAAACCCUCCUUUCCAGGGCCUGUUAACCCUUUAUGGAGUCUCUCAACACAAAACAAAUAAUCUGUAAUUAUAAAACUUUAAUGCUCUUUUAUGUGUUUACUUAACUCUGAUUUUACCUGUGUACAAAAUAAAUGUUUAUUCCUUAUUAGUGAA